AUGGAUACCCCCACCGAGGAAGGAUCUGAUUCGCCAGCACGAGGGGCAGUCAGCGAAGAACAGGAGUUUUUGCGAUGGCUCCGGAGCCAUGGAGCUGUGAUCGACUGCGUGGAGUGGCCGUCGUCGGAGACUGAGAGUGGGGUUCGCGGAGCAGUGGCGAGGAGAGACAUCGCUCCAGGGGAUCACAUGGUCAUCAUCCCACAUGCCCUCAUGAUGUCCGAGUUCCACGCCAAGGCCGACCCGAAAUAUGGCCAUGUCCAUCGUCUCAACACCCGCCUCCUGGGCAGCGACAACGGGCUCGCCCUCUACAUCAUGCAGGAAAUCUUGAAGGAGGAGCGGUCGUUCUAUUGGCCCUAUCUUCGCAUGCUACCCACCCCUUGCAACCUCCGGAACUGGAACAGAGAAAGCCUGCUCCUCCUGCAGGACCACAAGCUAGUUCGAAGGACGGCCGCCAGGGGUCGGCAGCUCCUGGCUCUGUACCGUGAGACGAUCGAGUUUCUAUCGAGCAGCUACCCGGAUCUGUACACAGUGAGUCGGAGGUUCGACUUUUGGCAUCCAGAGUCGCGUUUGUUGCGCUUGAGAGUAUGGUGCAUCUAUCCAUGCGCACCAUGUGCUGACCGGUACACGUUCGAGUUGUUCGAUUUUGCGUGGACAACCAUACAGGCAAGAGCCUUUGGAAAGCGACUGAAGAGCUCGGCUCUUGUGCCGUUCGCGGAUUGCCUUAACCAUGGCAACGUCCAGACCAAGUAUGACUUCGACGUCGAACGGAAUGGAACCUUUCGGCUCUUCCCUUCCGGCAACAACCGCUACCCGAGGAACUCCGAGGUUCUCAACAGUUACGGUCGGAGGGCCAACGACAAUCUUCUUCUCGACUACGGCUUCGCUAUGCUCGACAACGAGUGGGAUACAGCUGAGGUGACUUGCUUUCUCCCUCCGUCCCACGGCCAAUCGCCGCUCGACCGGAGAAGGAAAGCGUGCUUGCUCGCGAGCGGGCAACACACCGUUCGAAUGCUGCGGGUGCAUCGUGACGUCUGGCCAGAAGAGUUGCUACGAUUUUGUCGCUGUGCGUGCCUCACCGCACCCGAGCUGGACAACCUCGAGGCACGGGGAGGGCAACAGGCAACAAUGGCAUCACAAAGCACCCCUUCCGACGCGAUGCGACAGCGAGGUAUCGCCGGCACUGUUGAGCCCACCGCCGCGGCGGUACCACCAUACCAGGACCUGUGUCGGUGCGCCCUGCGCUCUUCAAAACAGGCAACAAGAGGCAAAGCCGAGGGCGGCAGCGGCAGUGGUGGCAGCGGCGACCGCACGUCGACCAGAGGGACUACUGCAGCCCCUCCCUCCUCCUCAUUGCCAUCAUGCGGGAAGGCUCGUGAGGAUACCAUCAACAACAACCACAACAUUGGCGAUGACGAUACUCUUCGUGAAGGUCUAUCUGUACACGCGUCUAAGUGCACCCUUCCUCUGCGAGACGAACACGAAGAAGGAAACGGGGAUCGAGGGGAUCGAGGAGCCGGGGCCGGGGCAGAGGAGGAAGGGCAACAAGACGGCGAUGACCCCAGCGGCGCGGGAGGAGCAGGAGGGAAACGAGGAGGUGUAGACAGCCCCGACGAAAAUCUCGACGCCUCAGGCUGUCGUUUCCCGUGCAGGGCGCUAACGGCGCAGAACGAGGUCGCGGCGCUCACCGAGGCCGUCAAGUACCUCGCCCAAGCCAGGGACAACUACCCAACCACCCUGGAGUACGAUGAGGCAAAACGCCUACCGGGAAGCACGAACAUCACCGGACUCCUCACCGGAGCUGGUAACAGCAUUAAUCUACCGAAUCACGGUCAAGCGGAUUCUAGCGCGGCAACUAGAGAUGGCCGAAGCAGCGAUUGCGACAUCGCUGCUGUGCGGGAUCAGUUUCAGUCCUCGGACGAGAAUGGCGAGGGCGUCGGGCACGAGAAUGGGCCGUCGAUGGUAUCUGCUCCGGUUUCUUCAUCCCGCUUGGACCAUCUCCUGGCCCCCCCACCUUCGCCACCGUCACGCCUGUCGUCGCCGCCGCUGUCAACCCGGGCAUCAUCGACGACCGGCGGCGGCAUCGAAAACGAAUGCCACCAGCAUCACCUUCAGAGCCCUCGUUUUUCCCUGGCAACAGGGAUCGAUUCGCCGUCCUUCGUAUCGUACUUGGCGGACGUCGAGAGCGUGAUAGUCUACAAAAGGGAAGCUGCUUCCGCCGCCGCUGCAGCGUACCAUCCAGAAUGA